UUUUUUUCCGUGUGGAGGCUGGUUGAUUGAUGAAUGUGUGGAUGGGCACCAAUGAAGGCGUCUGUUAGGCUGAUUCUAGCGGUGUGCUGCGUGUACACCGUCCUGUCUGGGUUCCCAAGAGGCGAGGGAUUGUCGGACGAGCUCUCCCUGUGUGCCGUGGCUCUCAACCACUCUGUCAACACCUCCAAUACCUCCGACUACUUCAGCCUCUCGAAGUCUGUGUGCAGAGGGGAUGACUACUACACAGGCUGCAUGGACUACCAGGGGACAGUCUUCAUAGAGUCAGACUCUGUUUCCCACACCGGGGCCUCCUCCGUCAUACGGGUGGCCAUUAACCCCAACGCCACUGCCGGCCAGGAAGAAUUCUACUACACAUUCUGCGUCUCGUACAACGAGUCCUUGACGUACGAGCUGGUGGCGUGUGCCAGUAACGAGGGGGAGGAGUUACAGAUCCAGCACACCUGGGAGAAGAACGGGCUGGCCCAGGUGAGGGUGGGUGUCUUCCCCAACUACUACCACGGAGAGCCCUGGGCUGCAAUGCCACCAGCACCAUCGUGGCAGAACGAUGAGCCAGGAGGUGUACAGCUACUGCUAGGUGCUGUGUAUCUCUGUUAUCCCAACCCGUGUGCCAACCUGAGCGUUCGAUUCAACAACAACAACUCCAUCGUAGCAGACACUAAGGUCUACCUACACAUCUGUGCCAAUGGAAGUGCCCCUCAUCCUCCAAUAACAUCGCCACCUGUCACCCAUCUCGCGGGAGUACCCUGUCCCAGCUACGAGAUGAGUUUCUCUGAAAAGGGCCGCUACGACAUGAUUGUCACCUUUUCCAACAAAGUCAGCUGCUCUCGCUGUGGUAUACACCUUCCAUGUGGUGGCUGCUGCGAAGCCUCCGAUAGUGGCGACGACGACCAGUGUGGGAGUGGUGCUGGCCAUAGCUCUGGCUGUGGUGGUGGUACUUGUCAUUCUGGCUGUUGGAGGAUACCUCCCUUACAGGCGCUACCGGAACCACAUGAUAGAAACGGCAGACUCAAAUUCAUUGACCUCUCGGAGAGGAAUGUGUCAGCGUGGAGCAGAUUCAAGCAGAAGAUACGCGGGUGGUUCACUCCGCGGGGAACACUGAUAAGAUAGGUCUGGUGAACCUUAUAGACGAGCCACGCCGAGCUUCUGGCAGUAGCAACAGCUCCACCUCCUCCUCUUCAUCAUUAGGCUCCUAUAAUAAUUACAAUACUGUCUAGUGCACGCACCCCACAGUCGUCAUGGUUUCUCCACUGUGUGUGUGUGUGUUAAUGUGAGGUGCCCCUGUAAUAUGUCUGUUGGUGAUGUCUGUGUGAAUGGUGCCUAUGUGAUUUUCAUGUGAUUUUGUAGUAUUCUUGUUGUUAUGUUGCUGUUCUUUUCAUGCACUGCAUAUUAAAUAUAUGUAUGUAGUAUGUGCUUUUU